AUGGGCAAGGACAAGCAGCCCCGCGGCCAGCACAGGCAGGGGGGGCCGGCCGCGGACGCCGCCGGGCCCGACGACAUGGGGCCGAAGACGGGCAAACGGGCCCCCAAGGAGUGCGGGGAGGAGGAGGCCCGGACGUGCUGCGGCUGCCGGUUCCCGCUGCUGCUCGCGCUGCUGCAGCUGGCCCUGGGCAUCGCCGUGACCGUGGUGGGCUUUCUCAUGGCGAGCAUCAGCUCCUCCCUGCUAGUCAGAGACACUCCAUUUUGGGCUGGGAUCAUUGUCUGCUUAGUGGCCUAUCUUGGUUUGUUUAUGCUUUGUGUCUCAUAUCAAGUUGACGAACGGACAUGUAUCCAGUUUGCUAUGAAACUCUUGUAUUUCCUGCUGAGUGCUGGGGGCUUGACGGUCUGCGUGCUGGCCGUGGCCUUUGCCGCCCACCACUAUUCGCAGCUCACCCAGUUUUCCUGCGGGUCGGCUCUCGACGCCUGCCACUGCAAGCUGCCCUCCGAGGAGCCCCUCAGCCGGACCUUUGUGUACAGGGAUGUGACCGACUGUACCAGCAUCACGGGCACGUUCAAACUGUUUUUACUCACCCAGAUGAUUCUUAACUUGCUCUGCGGCCUCGUGUGCUUGCUGGCCUGCUUCGUGAUGUGGAAACACAGGUACCAGGUUUUUUACGUCGGUGUCAGAAUGUGCUCCCUCACGGCUUCCGAAGGCCGGCAGCAAAAGGUCUAGCGUUCUUGCUCGAAGG